UCUCACAUUCUUUUAAUCAUGGAAUGUGAAACUUCUAACCCCCAAUUCCCAAUUGAAUUCCCAACCAUAACAUGGUCACAAAUUAGAAGGAAUGGUUUCAAAUUUCAAUACAAUAUACAAUUAAAAAUUAUAAUAAUUGGCUCUCUUUCUUCUGCAACAUCCACUCCCUCAUCUUCCUCUAUUCUAUUCAUAAAUCAUCAUCCAACUUCCAUCCAUCCUUCCACUAUCCCCAACCUUCCUUUCCAGAUCUCUCACCUUCCUCUUCUUCUCUCUGAUGGUUAUCGUUGGGAUUUUGUUGAAUUGAUCUCCUUUUCCCAUGUUAGAUAGCAUUUCCAUUUCAAUUCUCAAGAUUGUAGUGUCUGAUUUGCUUGGUUUGCAGUGGAGUGGAUUGGAUUGGAUUGCCUGAUAGAUAAUCACAAAGGUCCUGAACAUCAAGAUAAUUAUUGGAAGCUUCAGUAAUAUUCUUUUAAAGCUACAUAAGUUGAUCUAGGCAAUCACAUUCCUGGGAUAAUGUUCGGGGGCAACAAUGGAAACCGCUUGCUUCCUGUUUUUCUGGAUGAGAAUCAAUUUCAGUGUCAAACUAAUGCGACAAAUCAGUUGCAGUUGUUUGGAAAUUUGCAAGCUGGACGCAAUGUUGAUCCAGUUAGUUACAUUGGAAAUGAGCAUAUCAGUUCCAUGAUUCAGCCAAAUAAACGAAGCAGGGAAAUGGAAGAUAUCUCGAAGAAGCAAAGGCUUCAGAUAUCCUUAAACUACAAUGUCUGCCAAGAUGAUGCUGAUUGGUCGGCAAGUAUUCCAAAUCCUAACGCUGUGUCAACAGGAUUGAGGCUUUCAUAUGAUGAUGAUGAGCGAAACUCAUCUGUUACUUCUGCUAGUGGCAGCAUGACUGCCCCACCUUCUAUCAUAUUGUCCCUUGGUGACAAUAUCAGAACUGAGCUUGAUAGGCAACAAGAAGAGUUGGACCAUUAUAUAAAACUUCAGAAGGAACAAUUGUCAAGAGGAGUAAGAGACAUGAAACAAAAACACAUGGCUUCUCUCCUCACUUCCAUUGAGAAAGGUAUUGGUAAGAAGCUGAGGGAAAAGGAGGAGGAGAUAGAGAACAUGAACCGUAAAAAUAGGGAGCUAGCAGAGAGAAUAAAGCAGGUGGCUGUUGAAGCACAGAACUGGCACUACAGAGCAAAGUAUAAUGAAUCAGUUGUUAAUGCAUUAAGGAACAAUUUGCAGCAAGCAAUUUCACAUGGGGUUGAACAAGGGAAAGAAGGGUUUGGAGAUAGUGAAGUUGAUGAUGCUGCCUCGUAUAUAGAUCCCAAUAACUUCCUAAGCAUUCCAGGUGCGCCUAUGAAAUCUAUUCACCCGAGAUACCAAGGCAUGGAGAAUCUUUCUUGCAGAGCUUGCAAAGCAAAGGAUGUUUCCAUGCUGUUGAUACCUUGUAGGCACCUGAGCUUGUGUAAAGACUGUGACGGAUUUAUCAAUGUUUGUCCAGUAUGUCAAAUGAUAAAAACUGCUAGUGUCGAGGUGUAUCUGUCUUAACUUAUGAAGGGUAAGUUCUUAUAACGGUGGAAUAUGCGUCGCUGUUUUUCUGUGUGAUAUAUUUGCCUAAGUUCUUUAUUUUAAAGUAAAAGUACCUGUCACUGAAAAAAUGGAGUACACCAAUGGAUGUUUAUCAAGUUUCUUGUUUAA